CGUGGGUUAAAGUGUAACGGCUAUCAACGUUUUUCAGAAUCAUUUAGUCAUGUUACAAGUGAAACUACUAUUCUAAGGCUGUCAAUAAGAAUUAUUUUUAGUUUCUUCAAAAAAAACUCUGAGGCAAUAUUUUAUCUAUUAAUGCAGUGUUACAAAAAUAUUUUGUUCUGUCAAUAUUUUGGAAAAUUAUAAUUAUAUAUAUUUUAUGAAUUGAAUCUGAAAAAUAAAUUUUCGAGAUCAAGAUGGAAUCGAGGUUACCCAAGCCGAAGUUCAGUGCUAAAAAAACUACAAGUUCAAUAAGUAUAGCUACAGAAAGUGUAUUACAAGUUCCUGAACCAGAACCCACAACGUUGAAAGAUAUGGGUAAAUCUAAAAGUGGUGAAAGUAUAUCCAAAGUAACAAAAGAGAAUAAGCCACCACCAAGUAAAACUUUAAGCCGUGCUCGGACUGUAGCUGCAAUUUCAAGAGCAAAUACAUCAUCUGCAGUAACAAAAACUGCCGUGAAAAGACCAGGCCCAGUGACAAAUGCAGUAGCUCCUAAGAAACCAGCUAUUAGGCCUGCUCCAAAAACUUCGGCAACGAAUACUACAGUGUCAUCAAAGAAAACAGUCUCAGGAAAAUCAUUAAAACCUACGACAGCUCCGCCAAAACCUCUUCCGACAAAAGUGAGUAAGUGGGAUUGGAAAACCAAAUUCGAAAUGGCCAGUAAGGAUUUAACAACACUCAAAGAGGCACAAAAAGAAAUGAAAGAGCAACGUGAAGAACUACAGAGUAUAAUAGAUGGCUAUAAAAAUAAUGAAAUAAAAAAUAACGAAAAAAUUAAUGAGUUAAUAAAUAAAAAUGAUAAACUGAGUGGAGAACUGACAGAACUAAGAAAAGAUAUCGAAGAAAUAACGGAAAAAUAUGGCAAAACAACAAAAGAAUUGGAGAAUUUGCAAGUAACUCACAUAAAAACCACUGAAUUUGUUAAAGAACUCCAAAAUAGAAUAACAGAUUUACAAAAUCUAUGUCAUGAAAUGGAUAAAGAUCGAAGAGUACUUCACAAUACUAUUCAAGAAAUGAAAGGUAACAUUCGAGUCUUCUGUAGAGUACGACCAAGAAUUGAAAAAGAAAUGUCGAAGAAUGUUUGUGCUAUUAAUUAUGUUGAUGAAAGUACUUUGGAAAUAUCAAGAGCUGAUGGUUCAAAUUCAGUGAGUUGCAGUGGUAAAGCACGUUGUAACAAACAAGAAUUCUCCUUUGAUAAAGUUUUUCCACCAACUGCUACCCAAGCAGAUAUUUUUGAAGAGUUGUCUCUGCUUGUUCAAUCAGCCUUGGAAGGUUACAAUGUUUGUGUCUUUGCCUACGGUCAAACUGGUUCCGGUAAAACGUAUACGAUGGAAGGUUGUGAUGAUCCUGAGUUAGAAGGUAUGAUACCUAGAACUGUCCGACAUAUCUUCGUUCAAAUGAAAGAAUUUGAGCUCCUAGGAUGGGAGUAUAAAAUCGAAGCAAGUUUUCUUGAAAUCUAUAACGAGCACAUUGUAGAUCUUUUGGACAGUCAGCAGAAAAUACAUGAGAUCAGGAUGGUUGACUCUAGAGGGACUGAUCUGUAUGUAACCAAUCUACAAAUUGAAGAAAUACAUAAUCCAGAAGAGUUGCACUCAUGUCUACGCAUGGCCCAACAAAAUCGUGCAGUAGCAGCAACCAAGUCCAACGAACGAUCAUCUAGGUCUCAUUCUGUAGCUCGAAUCCGUCUUAUUGGAACUCACAAGGGCAAAGGUGAAACAUCUAUUGGGAAUCUUAAUCUAGUUGACUUGGCUGGAUCCGAGCGGCUGAGAGGUGAAGAAGCUGCACGUACUGCUGAAACGAAGAAUAUUAAUAAAUCUCUCGCCAACUUAGGGAAUGUUAUCUUAGCUCUUUUGAAAAAGCAGGAUCAUAUUCCUUAUAGAAAUUCUAAACUUACGCAUCUACUAAUGCCUUCACUGGGUGGUAACUCGAAAACUCUGAUGCUUCUAAAUGUCUCUCCACUUGAUGAUUGUUAUAAUGAAACUCUCAAUUCAUUAAGAUUUGCUAGCAAUGUGAAUAGCUGUAAACUUGGUAACAUCAAGCGGUCUAAAACAAUGAUUCAAAAUAAAAAUAUUUAAUUUUAUCUUAUUCUGAAUUUUUUUUAUGAAUAAUACGUUCGUCAUUAUUCAUUUUAUUUUAUAUUAAUUGCUUCAUAUCAGUGAAAUAUUUAGAUAUGUGAAGACUGAACCCGAAAAAUGGUUGCAACGUGGCAAUAAUAAUUGGAUGAACCAAAGUUGUUAAGAAUGUUAUGUCUUUUUUGUAUCUAUUAAUUCUUUUCAGGGUAAAGUUACUUGAAAUCAAUAAUUUUUUAAUUAUUUUUUAAUAUUACUAACAACAAUGUAUCACUAAUCCUAGUCAGCAAGUUACUGUGUUAAAAUGAAUUAUAUAAUUUUA